UAGUAACUGUUUUUCAUACAGCUAUACGAAAAGCGAUGAACCAGGUGUUUGUGCACUCUUUCACACCACGGCAACGUUGUGAAUAUUUAAAUACUUUUUAGGGACUUCAGGGGUUCUCGCUUUUUCUGCGACAGUACAGAUUAAUUAAAAAAAUCACCUCAGCACUCUGGUAGAGACGUCACCUUUUGCUAUCCCGUUAGCGUUGCUAGAGCGGAAGGGGGCAAAGUUCAAAAUCUCCACACUACCAAAAUAAAAAGUAAGGGGGUGAGGGAAGACGGUCCCUGAGCAUUACGACUACAAGUCCCACGAUCCUCCGCGGCGCUCCACGGUGCAUGCGCGUUUCACGUGCUUUAGGGGCGUUCUCUUUUUUUUUUUUCCUUCUCGGGCGCAGCAGCUCGUGGUUUCAUUCGUCUCGGACUGGCCUGCGAAGCGCCAGCUCUGGGAAUGUGUGGGUGUAGACUGGGAUUCGGGGUACCAAGGUGUCACCUAGCACUGGAUUCCGCAAGCUGAAAGCCACCGGUGCAUUCGUCCUUCAUCGUCGUGAUAACCGCUACCUACAGCUUUUAUCAGCAAAAGUUGACCUCGUCUUUUGCUGUCCUUUCCCCCCGGAUCGGUACUGUUGUGUUUGUGGGCUGGAGCCCGGCUGCCGUGUUGCGAUGACAGGACGCACACGCCGCCGGCUCGGACGGUGCUGACGUUGUUCACGAGCAGUUCCCCAGUUCCUCAGGGUCCUUUCUGAUGUAAAAGCAGAGGCAGAAACACAGAAGAUGUCUCUGUGCCGGUGCUCAAUGAAGGCCAGCGAGUCCUACACUGGGGGCAGCCUGAUCGAUAAGUGGAGGGGUAUUAAGGUGCUUCUGUUCUGGACCCGGGAUGGGGAGAAAUGGCUCUCGUAUGUGGAGGGGAAGGUCUGUGCCGAGGACAUCUGCAUUCAAGCUGCAAAGGCCGUUGGAAUAUCCCCGCUGUGCCACAGCCUGUUUGCACUCUAUGACCCAGAGAAGAAGUGCUGGUUCAGUCCCAACCAUGUGUUUGCAGUGGCGGACGAGCAGAACUUGAUUGUCCAUUACCGCAUGAGGUUUUACUUCCGCAACUGGCACGGCCUGAACGAGAAGGAGCCGGCGGUGUACCGGUCCGUGCUGCGCGGCGGCGGGGACUGGAGCAGAGGGAAGGCGAAGGGCGAGCCGGGCAGCCCGCUGCUGGACCAGCCUUCCCUGGAGUACCUGUUCGCACAGGGGAAGCACGACUUCGUGAACGACGCCGUGUCCCUGCAGGACAUCCGCACUGAAGCAGAACUCAGCAGGUUCAAGAACGAGAGCCUGGGCAUGGCCGUCCUGCACCUGUCCAGCGUGGCCCUGCAGUCUGAGCGCUCUCUGGAGGAAGUGGCCAAGGAACUGAGCUUCAUGCGCUGCAUCCCCAAGUCGUUCAGCCGCCAGAUCCAGCAGAACAACUACCUGACCAAGCUGCGCAUCCGGGGGGUCUUCAAGCAGUUCGUGAAGGGCUUCCACCAGCACACGAUCAGCAAGGGCAAGCUGGGCCCCCAGGACAUCAUGUACAAGUACCUGUCCACCCUGGAGAACCUGGUGCCCCACUUUGGCUGCGAGGUCUUCCCCACCACCUCCCUGGAGCUGCAGACGGAGGGCGAGAGGGCCGCCUUCUACGUGCGGGACUUCUGGAACCUGGGGCCCCCCGGGCCGGAGGGCUGCGAGCCACCGGACGGCAGGGCCACGCACGAGGUCAAGGUGUCCGGGAUGGAGGGGAUCCAGUGGAGGGUGGCGCGCACAGAGGUGUCGGAGGGCUGCGGGGGCGGCUGCCACACCAGGAAGAGCAAGAGGGCGAAGGGGAGGACCAAGCUGCCGCAGCAGGUGGAGUACAGGAGCGAGCCGCAGUGGAGCUUCUUCUGCGACUUCCCAGAAAUCACGCACAUCGUCAUCAACGGCUACCGAGUCAGCGUCAGCCGGCAGGACAACAAAUCCAUGGAGCUGACGCUGCGCUCUGCCCUCGAGGCUCGGUCUUUUGUGUCCCUGCUGGACGGUUACUACCGGCUCACGGCCGACUCGCACCAUUACCUGUGCCAGGAGGUGGCUCCGCCGAGGGUGGUGCUCAGCAGUGCCAACGGGCUGCACGGCCCCAUGCAGGAGGAGUUUGCCCUUCACAAGCUUCGGAAAGAGGAGAAGGAAGAGGGCUUGUUCAUGGUGCGGUGGAGCGUGCUGGACUUCCACAGGAUCAUCCUCACUGUGCUGAGCAAGCCCGAGACCAGUGGCAGCCUGAGCAGCCCGACGCACAAGCAGUUCCGGAUCCACCAGCUACGGGAGCAGUUCCAGCUGGAGGGCUGGGACAGGGUGUUCAGCAGCGUGAAGGAGCUCACAGACAGCCUCAAGAGCUGCGUCCUGAAGUCGGGCAACGAGAGCUUCACCGUGAGAAAGUGCUGCCUGCCCAGGCCUGGAGAGCUGUCUAAUCUGAUCAUCGUGAGGAAGCCGCCUGACAGCAGUGUCAGGCCCAUCUCCGGCUCUCUGAACCUCAGUCAGCUGAGCUUCCACCAGAUCAGAGAUAAGGAGAUCACACAGGAGCAUCACCUGGGCAGGGGCACCCGGACCAACAUCUACUCCGGCAAGCUGCACGUGCGGGGCGGGGCGGGCGGCGAGGGCGAGGAGGGCGAGGCCUACGAGUGGAACAACAACAGCAGCAGCAGCAGCAGCGCAGACAUCCGCGUGGUGCUGAAGAUCCUGGACCAGAGCCACCGGGACAUCUCCCUGGCCUUCUUCGAGACGGCCAGCCUGAUGAGCCAGGUCUCGCACAUCCACCUGGUGUUCGUCCACGGGGUCUGCGUCAAGGGGUCCGAGAAUAUCAUGGUGGAGGAGUUCGUGGAGUUCGGGCCUCUGGACGUCUUUCUCCGGAAGGAGAAGAGGAAGGUGACGCCGCAGUGGAAAUUCACGGUGGCCAAGCAGCUGGCCAGCGCGCUCAGCUACUUGGAGAACAAGAGGCUCGUUCAUGGCAACGUCUGCGCCAAAAACAUCCUGGUGGCCAGGAGAGGGCUGGAGGGAGGCUCGUCCCCCUUCGUCAAGCUGAGCGACCCGGGCAUCAGCUUCACCGCGCUCUCCAGGGCAGAGCUCGUGGAGCGCAUUCCCUGGAUCGCGCCAGAGUGCGUGCAAAACGUCAGCCGCCUGGGGAUCGCGGCAGACAAGUGGAGCUUCGGGACCACUCUCCUGGAGAUCUGCUACAACGGGGACCUGCCCAUGAACGAGAGCACUCUCAACGAGAAGGAGCGGUUUUAUGAAACCAGGUCCCACCUGCCAGAGCCGUCCUCCAAGGAGCUGGCCAGCUUCAUCAGCAAGUGUCUGAACUACGACCCUGCCGAGCGGCCCUCCUUCAGGGCCAUCCUCCGCGAGAUCACCGAGCUGCAGCAGAAGAACCCCGACAUCUCCUCCAAGUGCGACGUCCUGCCCGACGCCGACCCCACGGUUUUCCUGAAACGGUAUCUGAAGAAGAUAAGAGACUUGGGCGAGGGCCACUUCGGGAAGGUGACGCUGUACGUGUACGACCCCAGCAACGACGGCACGGGGGAGUACGUGGCGGUCAAGUCCCUGAAGCAGGACUGCAGCAGCCAGCUCCAAGCCAGCUGGAUCCGGGAGAUCACCAUCCUCAAGUCCCUCUACCACAGGAACAUCGUCAAGUACAAAGGCUGCUGCAGCGAGCUGGGGGGUCAGGUCGUGCAGCUCAUCAUGGAGUACCUGCCCUUGGGGAGCCUCCGAGACUACCUGCCCAAGCACCGCGUGGGCAUCGUGCAAAUCCUGCUCUUCGCCCAGCAGAUCUGCGAGGGAAUGGAUUACCUGCACUCGAAGCGCUACAUCCACAGGGACCUGGCGGCCAGGAACGUCCUGGUGGAGAAUGAGACCGUGGUGAAGAUCGGGGACUUCGGCCUGAGCAAGUACAUCCCGGAGGGGGACGUUUACUACCGGGUGAAGGAGGACGGCGACAGUCCCGUGUUCUGGUAUGCCAUCGAGUGCCUGAAGGAGAGCAAGUUCUCCUUCGCGUCGGACGUGUGGUCAUUCGGGGUCAGCCUGUACGAGCUCCUGACGUACUGCGAUAACCGGCAGAGUCCCCCGACGAAGUUCUUUGAGAUGAUCGGGGCGGUGCAGGGCCAGAUGACGGUGAUGAAGCUCAUCGAGCUGCUGGAGAGGCGGAGGCGCCUGCCCUGCCCGAAGGACUGCCCGCAUGAGGUCUACGCAGUGAUCGAGAAGUGCUGGGAGAGCGAGCCCUCCAGACGACCGUCUUUCAGAGACCUGAUCGCCUCUAUUGAAGAGAUAGUCCGGACUUACCAGCAGCAGCCUACCGUCAAGCUGAACCUCAUCAGCCAGCCCUGAGGCCCGGACAUCGCCGAGAACAGGCCUCCUUCCCCGUGAUCCCUGCCCCCGGAGUCCGUCCUGUCCUGAAGGAACUGUCGCCUGCCAUAGGCCCACCGAGGAACGAGCUGGCAAAAGAAACCGGGACACCAGAGGAUUUUCCUUCUUAUUGUGCGCCCGCCAGUUCCUUUCCUGUCCUUGCUGUGGUUUGUUUGUUCCCGGUCUGGCGAGAAGCGUUCUAGGAUGUUGACCUGGAAUCUUGCAGUGGAAUCCAAACCCUUCCUGGUUUCUGUUGGUACAGGAGGAUGAAGAGGGAACCACAUUUCACUCUGGAUGUUUUCUUUCCCCAUGUCGGGGGGAUUAUAAACUGGGCCCAAGGUUCACCUGUGAGUUGCUCCAUCUGCUUGAACCCUGAGGGGGUGGGCAAGGGAGGCUGCGGAAGGAGAAAUUUGUUCUGGGAAUCGUGCACCACUGGCGACUGGGAAGUAACCCUGCGUAGUUCGGAUCCUUUAAGCCAGAUUUGCUUUGUCGUUUUUAAGGACCGGAUGUUCUGUGACUCUUAACGGGACUGUUUUAAACCUAGCUGAGCUCACUCCUUAGCGCACUCAACACACAGCAUACAAGCUAUUAAAUGAACCCAACACUUAUUCCUCGUAUUGUACGUUGUAUAUAUUUCGUAAGCAGGAUAUAUAUGUAAAUAUAUAAAUAUGUAAUGUGGUGCCACUUUAAAGUAGCCGUUGCCGUCUACGAUAAUGUGCAUAUAUCUAUACGAAAUCCAGGGCCUAAAAUGAUUGUGGUUUAGUCACCCCUGUCUGAUAGAGCGAUGUUCUAUCGUUUGCCGAUUUCUCCAUUAAAGCAGUUGACGAAGACCUGUACGACAGAAACUGCGUCAUUAGUAAAUGAGAUUUUAGAUUCAGCUUUUUUGCCUGUCUGCCGCCCAGUUUGAGCUUGUUCUCUUGUGGUGUUUUGAAUCGGAGUCAUCUCUUGUUGUGACAAUAAGAGAGGUGGCUUGUGCCUCAUGUUACAGAAUGCCAGCCAUCAUACCAAGGCCAAAGAGUUGUUUUUUAAAACGUUGUGUACCAACUUUUUAAAAGAACAACACUUACUAAAUGAUAGUUUGGUUCCCAAAAUCGUGGUAAAUGGCCACACUCUUGAUGUUAAAAUAAAUGUGGCUGCCAGCGUGCCUUAAUAACCAGUUUGAAGAAAAGGCAGAGUUGUAUUUUCAGGCUCCUAACAGCCUUUCAGUCCCGUCACUAAAAGAAAGUGGAUGAAUUAAAACCAGUUGAAACAGCGGUAAAUCUUACUUUGCAGCUGACGUGUUCUAAUGGGCUUGAAGGAAGCAGUGUGGCACAGUCGUUAGGGAUCCAGACUCGUAACUGAGGUUGCGGGUUCAAGUCCCUGGUGAGACACUGCUGUCUGUACCCUUGAGCAGGGUACUUCGCCGGCAUUACUCCAGGAAGAUACUCAGCUGUCUUAAGGAGUAUAAACGUAUGGAGCUUUGGACAAAAGCAUCAGCCAAGUAUAUUAAUGUAAAUGUAGAUGAGCAGAAUGGUUGCCUCUCAUGUGUAGCUGUUCUUAAGACUGUUUAAGCAACACCUGCCAGUGUCAAAAAACGAUAAAGGAUUAGUUUAGAAACAGCGACAUUGCUAAACUGCUUUUAAGGAAAAGAGGUGACUAAGCCAUUCUUAACUGUACUACCUGAAGCUGUGAAGUUCCCCUUGUGGGCCCGGGAGUCUGGAACAGGUGGGAAUUCUUCUUACUGUUGGCUGACGAGCAGCCUGGUGCACAGAAGGCAGAUGGGGCUCUUAGUUUGCGAGCAAGCCGAUUUUUUUUUUCAAAAGCAAAAUACGAAUUGCUUUUUGUUUUCCUGGUCCUCGCGGAUGGGGACAGGUAGUUGGUUAAAGGAACUGAUGGUGCUGCAGUAGUGCCCGGUCACGUCACAGAUGACCGGCACCGCUGUCCCAGUGCCAGCAGGAGUGUCCGACGCUCUGCAGGCUGAGGUGACCGUGGCCAAAAUUGACGAGACCCUCACGUUCUAGCUGCUGCCUGUCCAUUUGGAGUCCUGACUGCCCAUCCGCUUACGACAGACCAGCCCGGAGCCUGCGACCGCUGGACGAACCAGGCUGGGGUUUUUUGACCGUUUGGUACGGACUUAAUGGUCGUCUUUGAUAUAAAUCUGCCUGGUCAGAUUGUAAUUUAAGGGCUUGCUCGGCCUUUUAAACAGUCUGCUAGUUUUUUUUUCAGGAUAAAAGGUAGCACUUGCUUAAAAAAAAAAAACAGCGUGCAAAAAUGUCUAUUGUUCACUUUGCUCAGGAAAAAAAAAAGAA